UGUCGUCCACUCAUUUCCCUCACCCUUUCCUCCCUCCUCCCCUUCUUAUCUCUCUCUUCUCCAAGAAACCAGAGCUGCUUGCAAGUCCAAGCUCCUAGGUGAUGCAAGCUCCAAGGGGAGAGGGAGGUCUGGUCGGCAUGCGACGGUAGCGUGGUCGACACUGGAGUGGGAGGUCUGGCCAGCGUGCGAUGGCAGCGUGGUCGCCGAUGUCGCCUAGGCAGCAGCAAGCUCCUAGGUGAUGCAUGCAGCGACCCUACGCGUCAAGCUGACCAACCAGGCGAUGGCACCACUUCUUCUCUCGCGUUCAAUGUGUCGCCGUGGAGGCCGGCACCGUCAUGGACGUCGACGCCUCACCACCGGGAGCAUGUAGGGGAGAAGUACAAGAACGGGAGAAAAAUCGAGCGCCUGAUUUAUAGGUGCUUCCGCCGGCGACAGAGAGAACCGCUGGUGGCAGAGUCGUGCCGCGCAGCGCCAAUCGCGCCACCGAGAAGAUCACUUCGAGCUAGCGGUCAACGGGUUUAUUUUGUUCGGGACGUUGCAACCGCAAGGCAGGGUGUCCUGUGCACACUUUUAAUCGACGGCUAACAGCGUGCGCGCAGAUCAGACGGUUCAUAUAUACGUCUGAAUUGACGCGUAGCGCUCUCCAUAGUUUGGUCCUUGUAAUAUUGUGCUUUACUAAAAUUUACACCAUUUACAAAUAUCAAAUAUAACUACAGGUGUGUAGUGCACAUGCACAUGAACAUGCAUUGUAUAUUGACUUUUCUAUAAUUGUGAAAGUUAGCCAUCGAAUAGUACUAUACCGAAAAAAAAAGAAAAAUCCAUCUGUCAGUCUCACAUCCGGUCCCACAUGUCAGUCUCACGUUGCUGCUCUCGUAACAAACACGGAUUACACGAGCUCUUAUAUAUAUAUUUGACUCCCGAAAUCUCGACGCUUACGGCGGCGCGCGACUACUAUUACGGCGAUCGGAUCUGCUCGCCGCCGCCACCGCCACCGCCGCCGCUGACGACGACGACGACGACGACUGAGCGAGCCAUGGACUAUUUCACGGGGACGGGGACUAUCGUGGUCUCCGACGACAGCCUCUACGCCGCCUUCGGCUACGGCGACCCCUUCGGCUUCGCCCCGCGCGCGAGGCCCCCGAUCCGUUCCCUGCCCUUCGCCGCCGGCGGCUACCAGUGGUGCCUCUGGUUCCACCCCACCACCUUCGCCGGCUUCUUCGGCUUCGGCGUCGAGCUCCUCACCGCCGGCGCCAAGGCCAGGGCGUCCUUCGAGUUCGGCCCCGUCGACGCCGCCUCCCACAACGUCAUCGUGCGGAUGCCGCCCUUCCUCUUCGACCACCCCCACCACCCCAUGGUCAUCAUGGUCUGGCCCAAGGCCAUGCUCGCCGAGGAGGCGACACUGUUCGUCCGCGACCACGCCGUCGUGUUCCGGGUCGACGUCACCGUCGUCCCGGACGAGCCGCUGCCUCCGGACGCCGGCGUCGGCGACGACGACGUGCUGCCGCCCUCGGACAUGCUGGCCCAGCUCGGCAACGUCUACGACACCAAGGAGGGCGCGGACGUGACGUUCUCCGUCGACGGCGAGCUCUUCGCCGCGCACCGGGUCAUCCUCGCCAUGCGCUCGCCGGUGUUCAGGGCGGCGGUGUACGGCGAGAUGAGGGAGAGCGGCCGCGGCGGCGGACCGAUCGCCAUCGACGACAUGCGCCCCGACGUGUUCGACGCGCUGCUCCGCUACAUCUACACCGACGCCCUCCCCGCCGCCGCCGACGACGACGACAUGGAGGCAACGUGGAGCGACCUCCUGGUCGCCGCCGACCGGUACGGCGUGGAGAGGCUGAAGCUGAUCUGCGAGCGCGCGCUGCGCGGGAGGCUCGACGCCGGCAACGUCGCCGACAUGCUGGCGCUGGCCGACCGGCAGCACUGCGAGACGCUCAAGGAUGCUUGCAUCAAGUUCAUGGCGACGUCGGGGAAGAUGGAGGAGGUGAAGGCGAGCCAGGGGUACGUGCAGCUCCGUACUUCUUGCCCUUUGCUCUUGGUCGAGGUUUUAGAGAAGUCAAGCAAAUUUUGCAAACCUUAAUUACUAGGACAACUGGACAAUUGUACAGAUUAAUAAAGGUAGUGAUAAGUGGAUACAAUAUGUUAUAAUGUUGGUCUUUUGGCCAUUAUUUUUCUA